AUGUCCUGCGAAAAGAAGAAUUCUUCUGUUUUGUCCACUUGGAAGCACAAGGCUUACGAACGACAUCGUUUGAAAGUGAUGAAAGCUACGUGCGCGAUAGACGUGAAUCCUCCAGAAGGUAGGCCUCACGUUGUCUUCAAUGCCAAAGGGUUGCAACUGGAACGAGAGAAACAGGAUCGCAUCGUCAGCGAGAAUUUCAUUCUUUUGCAGAAGCUACGCCGUAUCAUGCACCGAAAACGACCCAUCGAGGAAAGCCACAGACUGAAAUGGGACGAGUCUCGAUGCAUCAGAACUCGUUGA